AAGUCUGAAGAUAAAGAAAAAAAUGUGAAGAGAACGGAAAAGAAAGACAAGGAAACAAAGAUACGAGUGUAGUCUGGUGCGUUGAAGGUAGUGCUGCUUUCGUGCUUGUGAUUUCUUGUAAGAAACCAUCAGUUGUGCUUACUGCACUGAGUUGCAGGCUUUGCGGAGAACUGGAACUAGUGCUUCACUCAGACACGAAAGCUGCCAGUUUGCCACGAGUAAGGUAGAGUCAGCAGCUUUCUAGGAUUUGUUGACGUUUCUGAUGGUCGGUGCUGUACAUCUUUGCCAUGGAUGAGGUCGCAAUAUCGUCUAGUCGGGUUGUUUGCGAGUACGACGGGUGUGGCAGGUCGUACAGUACUGCUGGCAACCUGAAGACACACAUGAAGACUCACACUGGCGAUCUGGCUUACAAGUGUGAGCAAGAACGGUGUGGAAAGGCGUUCCUCACCUCGUACAGCCUUCGCGUUCAUGUAAGAAGUCAUACAGGAGAGAAACCGUUUGUGUGCGAUGAACUUGCGAAUGGAUGUCGCAAAGCGUUCACGUCUCUGUAUCGAUUACGGGCUCACAAACGUCUUCACACCGGUCAGCUAUUCGACUGUGAACAGUGCUCUAAAUCAUUCAUUACAAGGGGUGAUUUACGGAAGCAUGAGCGAAGUCAUAGCGGAGAGAAGCCAUACCAGUGUCCGGCAGAUGAGUGCGGUAAAGCGUACACCACGGCCCACCAUCUCAGGGUGCAUGCGCGCAAGCACGACCGGGCGAAAAGCCCCGAAGUGGCACCAAACACCUCGUCACCCACGACUGGCACUGAAGAUACUGCCAGUGUCCGACCAUCCGAGUUGCCGGCUGAUAACCCUUCGGUUUCUGUGGAGGUCCCGCCGCCAUUGGCCGCUGAACCAUCGGCCGCUGAACAAUCGGCCGAGGCCAUUCUGGACUAUGGACGAACGAUUCAUUUCGAUAUUGACACACUCAUGAACGGUUUAAGUGGGCCGUUUAGCAUCGGUGAGCCAAACAACUUAAGAGUGUCUAUGGCCGGGAGCAGUAUCGAAAGCGGUGAGUAUAGCAACUUGUAUCCGUCGCUCCAGGGUAUGGCGAAUGGCAACACCCUGCCUGCUGCCGGCGCACCGUUCUUGCCAGCUGGCAUCGCGUCCGGUAUGCCGAUGACGUAUCAAGUGCAGCAUGACUUAAUGUCCGAGGCCCUAGGCAUUCCGGCCAGUCCUGCACUGCCCAGCAUGUUUGUUUCGAGUGAAGCCAGCCUAACUAAUAGUAACAAUGUCAUUCUCACGGCCGCGCAGUAUCAAGCUAUGCAGUCGCAGCAGCAGCUGCAGGCGCCUGCACCGCUGCCCCUCACACCUGAAAACUCACCCAGCUGUAAAUGUUCAUGCGACUGUUGUAAAACGUGCACGGACUCUUGUCAGAGUGCGAGUGCCAGAGACGCAGUCAGAUCACCAUAAGUGCGGUCCGGCUGCCAAAAAGCAUUCACAGUAUUUGUCUCGGAAGCCCUUUUUUUUUGUCCAGUUGAGAGCAGGCCUUUUUUCUAGAAAUUGUUCCGGUGCAAGUUUAAAGGCACCUUGGUUGGAGGUGUUAAUCUUGCGAUUAUGUUAGGGCACAUUUUAUAUCCUUUUUUUAUUUGCAGGCAUCCUUGCUAACCCUCCGUUUGUCUCCGGAUAAGAAUAUUUGUACUCAUUGGCUAGUGGCUUUCACACUUUUGCAUUGUGUCUGCUGUUGUUCAACUGCGUUCGUUACUUGUUUGCUUUCUGCCUUGAGUCGCAGACUUGUUCUUGCUAUCUUUCUUUACAUUGCUUUGGAUUACUAUUAUGUCGCUCCCAGUCACCAGCAGUUAUUAGUCUGAACUCCAUUUCCGCUCUUACUUGCUUGUGGAUUUAUCAUAUAUUUAUAUGUUUGCUGCUCGUGCUUCCAUAGUCGCUGUUGAUUUUUGCGCGCACAGUGUACACCAGUGCGUUGCUUUGCUUGCUGGUCAAACCUCAAUACCGGUAUGUUGCUGUUACUUUUUCAAAAAUUUUAUUCAGAAAAAUGAGAUAUUAUGCUCUCUGGUCCCAUCGGACCAUUACCCUGUA